AUGAAGGACGGCGAAAAGAAGCACGAACUCGAGGUAGAUCUGAGCAAGACUGCUGAUGUUAUUGUGGGUAUAGGACCCAAACUCACCGAGUCCAUAAAAAGCAGCCUUCGACCACACAAGAAGGAUAAAGACGUGAUUGAAUUUACGCCAGGCAUUUUUCCAGAGUUCUCCGAACUAGAGCAAGCUAGUGAAGAAAGAGAAAACUUUGGUAUCUUGGUAUUUGGUCGUGGUAACGAGGAAGAUUUUGAACUGAAAGGGUACGACCUUGCCGCUCGCGCUGUAGCAGGCUUGAACGACCCUUCCUAUCGUCUUGUGUUCGUUGGUGCACCGGAAGGAGAACAAGAAGAAGUAAAAAGGAACUUACUUGAAUGUGGAAUCUCCCCUAAGCAGCUGAUAGUGCGCAGUUAUCGAGAAAGCCGUGAAAGUCUGGCCAGUCUUUUCUGUGAAGCUGAUCUGGCUAUAAUGCCAUCGCGAACAGAAGGGUUCGGCCUUACAGCCCUCGAAGCCCUCUCUGCCGGGCUUCCGAUCCUGGUGAGUGAUAACAGUGGAUUUGGAAAAGCUCUAGAAAGGAUUCCUUUUGGAAUGUCUUUUGUGGUGGAUUCCGACGAUCCCAAUGAAUGGGGAAGAGCCAUCAAGCGGGCCAGAAAGAAAUCAAGAGAGGUACGACUAGAGGAAGCUGACGCUCUGCGGACAUAUUAUGAUCGGAAGUACAAAUGGCAGGAGCAGUCUGAAACCGUUGUGAACAAACUGCGCUAG